AUGAGAUAUACAAAACACGAGAUCACUGCCCCGGGAGAUUCUUAUUUAAACGACCCCUAUGGUUUGCGGCGUUUCGCAACGGAGCGCACUUAUAAACCGAGUCCCCUUCCAUAUACCAGAAUGGUCGACCUGGCUGAUCUUCAAGCCAAAAAAGCUAAUUUGAAGAAAACUUCAACAAACGUUUUGCUUGAAGACGGAAGUGUUGUGAUAGAGGAAAGGACAAGUGAUGGGAACUUUGUCAGAAGAAACGGUGGUACCUCACGAAGGGCAGGAUUCGUUAUUGAUUUGAACCCAGAUCUGCAAAUCGCCGAGUGUUGCGAAGGACUGUUCUUAGGGAGUCAAGAUGCAGCCAGAGAACUUGAACAACUGAAAAAGUUAAAAAUCACUCAUGUACUGAAUGUUGCAACAGGAAUUCCCAAUUUCUUUCCCAACGAGUUCACUUACAAGCUUAUUGAAGCAUUUGAUUUGCCCUCUAUGAGACUCAUUGAUUAUUUUGAUGAAGCUGCCGAAUAUAUUCAAAGAGCUAUAAAUGCUGGGGGAAAAGUUUUCGUGCACUGUAACGCUGGAAUUUCGCGGUCGUCUACAUUGGUCUUAGCUUACAUGAUGAAAGUACGAGGAUUCAAACUUGAAGCAGCUCUAGAAGCUGUUCGCAAAAAUAGAAAAAUAGCUAAGCCGAACCCCGGCUUCAUGCAACAACUGCUGACUUAUGAAGAUCAAAUCAGUUGCUCUAAACCAACUAAUAAUUAA